GCCGCCGGGCCCCCCGCCACCCCUCCUGCCGCGGGACGGCGCGGGGCCGGCCCCGGCGCCCCCGGAUCCUCCCUCGAUCUCCCCUCGAGAAGAGAGAGGGAGGCUGGAAGGGAGUGACCCCCGGCCCCGCGCCCCGGGCUGGGACGGCUGAGAGGAGGAGGAGGAGGAGGAGGAAGGGGGGGGGGGCGCAACAUGGCGGAGGCCAAGGAGGAGGGGCCCGGGCACUGCGCCAGGUUUGAAGAUAAAUCUGAUGCAGUAUUUGAUAUUACAGAAAAAUGUAGUGAAAUCCUGGAUGCAGAAAUGUCUGAGGACACUGUCCACAACUUGCCAGCUACCCUCGACAGCGUAUCUUAUGAAAUACAGAAUCAAGCAGGAUCUGAAAACUCACUGCUGGAUGAUGACGACGACGAUGACGAUUAUUUUCUGAACUCUGGGGAUUUGGCAAGCAUACCUGUUGUUGGGAGUGACAACGAAGAUGAUCAAAAUUUCACUCCAAAAGACACUCUCCCUUCUGAAGACCAUCUGGAAGAGGGCAAGAGGAUUACAGAACAUGAGCUGGACAGUGAAAAAGAUAUUCAGAUCGAAAAUGCAAUCCAGAAGGAUCUCACUUCACCUUUUGAGCAGGGUCCUGUAUUUAAAUCAAUUCAAAAAGAUUUUAGCAUAACAAGAGAUAAUGGCAAAGAGACUUUUUCAACAAAAGACAAGAAUAGAGAAGUAAAUCUUCAAGAACAUGAAAAACGGUUGGAAAAAAUCCCUAAAGAUACGGAUUCUAGAUUGAAAAGCAGUUUUCUUGACAAAGCAGUUCAUAAUCAAGUAGAAGAAACAUUACGGACGCAGUUAGCGCCACAAACUCCAGAAACUAACUUCAGGGAGUCUAGCUACCUAUUUUCUAGUAAGGAAUCUAUUGGACAAGAGCUGGGGAAUUCCUUUGCACCAAAUAUUAGAAUUAAGGAGGAGCCUUUGGAUGACGAAUAUGAUAAAGCUAUGGCCCCACAGCAGGGACUAUUAGACAAAAUUAAAGAUGAACCUGGUAAUUCUGAGGAGUACGGCCAACAGCCAAAAACUCAGGAAGGGGAGCUGAAAAUCAGUGCUGUAUUUUCAGUCAGUGGCAGUCCUCUUGCUCCACAGCUGUCAUCAGGUUUCCAGCCUGCUGUGGCAUCCUCUGGCAUGAGUAAAAUGCUUCCUUCAGUUCCAGGCACAGCUGUUCGGGUUUCCUGUUCUGGCUGUAAAAAAAUCCUCCAGAAGGGGCAGACUGCAUACCAGAGGAAAGGCUCAACCCAGCUCUUCUGCUCCACACUGUGCCUCACUGGAUACACUGUUCCAGCUUGUCGCCCACCAGCUUCUACCAAGAAAACCUGCUCAAGCUGCUCGAAAGAAAUUCUAAAUCCAAAGGAUGUAAUCACUGCCCAGUUUGACAAUACGAAUUCCAGCAAGGAUUUCUGCAGCCAGUCGUGUCUUUCUACAUAUGAAAUGAAAAGGAAACCUAUCAUUACUAUUCACACUAACAGCAUUUCAACCAAGUGUGGCAUGUGCCAGAAGAAUGCAGUGAUCAGACAUGAAGUGAAUUACCAGAACGUCGUACACAAGCUCUGCAGUGAUGCCUGCUUCUCCAAGUUCCGCUCUGCUAAUAACUUGACCAUGAACUGCUGUGAGAAUUGUGGAGGUUACUGCUACAGUGGGUCUGGGCAGUGUCGCAUGCUGCAGAUAGAGGGACAGUCAAAAAAGUUCUGCAGUUCGACGUGUGUGACACUAUACAAGCAGAAGUCAGCUAAAAUUACACCCUGUGCACUGUGUAAAUCCUUGAGAUCUUCAGCUGAGAUGAUAGAGAGCACGAAUAACUCGGGAAAAACUGAACUGUUUUGCUCUGUUAACUGCUUGUCAGCAUAUAGAGUAAAAAUGGUUACUUCGUCAGGUAUUCAAGUUCAGUGCAACAGCUGUAAAACUUCAGCCAACCCUCAGUAUCACUUGGCUAUGUCAGAUGGGAGCGUACGCAAUUUCUGCAGCUACAACUGUGUGGUAGCUUUUCAGAAUUUGUUCAACAAACCUGCAGGAGUGAACUCCUCAGUCGUACCCCUGUCUCAAGGUCAAGUCAUUGUAAGCAUUCCCUCGGGGACAACGGUGUCAGCAGGUGGCACCACCUCCACUGCAUCUCCCAGCUCUGGGAGCAGUUCAGCUGCAGCUGGUCUACAGAGGCUGGCUGCCCAGUCCCAGCAAGUCACUUUUGCCCGCAAGGUUGUAAAACUCUGGUGUCAGCACUGUAACAGAUUAUUUGCAACCAAACCAGAACUACUUGACUUCAAGGGUAAAAUGUUGCAGUUUUGUGGGAAGACCUGCUGUGAUGAAUAUAAGAAGAGGAGGAGUGUAACAGCACUGUGUGAAUAUUGCAGAACUGAAAAAAUUAUCAAGGAGACAGUGCGAAUCACAGGCAUAGAUAAACCAUUCUGUAGUGAAGGUUGCAAACUGCUCUAUAAACAUGAUUUGGCUAAACGCUGGGGAAACCACUGUAAAAUGUGCAGUUACUGUUUGCAGACUUCCCCCAAACUGGUCCAGAAUCUCUUCGGGGGGAGAAUGGAGGAAUUCUGCUCAGAAGAGUGCAUGUCUAAAUUCACAGUUUUGUUUUACCAGAUGGCAAAGUGUGAUGGUUGUAAGAGACAAGGUAAACUCAGCGAGUCCCUGAAAUGGCAAGGAGAUGUGAAACAUUUUUGCAAUCUGCUUUGUAUUCUGAUGUUCUGUAAGCAGCAAUGUACUUCUGAUCCUCCAGCCUCAAAUAACACAGCAAACCCUUCCACAGCACCAGCUUCCUCAUCAGGCCCACCUUCUUUGAGGAAGGACUCAACCCCAGUCAUAGCAAAUGUGGUGUCCCUUGCGAGCACCCCUGCUGCCCAGCCUACGGUUAACUCCAACAAUGUCUUACAGGGUGCAGUCCCUACCGUGACAGCAAAAAUAAUAGGAGAUGCUAGUACUCAGACAGAUGCCCUAAAACUGCCAUCUUCACAGCCACCUAGGCUUCUAAAAAACAAAGCAUUGUUGUGCAAGCCAAUCACACAGACUAAGGCCACCUCAUGCAAACCUCAUACACAAAACAAAGAAUGCCAGACAGAAGAAGAAGAAGUUCAACCCAAAAUCAUUGUGGUACCUGUUCCUGUACCAGUGUUUGUGCCAGUACCCCUUCACCUCUACACACAGUACACACCAGUUCCACUUGGGAUGCCAGUACCUGUACCCGUUCCCAUGCCUUUCCCAACUACUUUGGAUAAUGCUGAUAAGAUCCUUGAAACAAUUCAGGAUAUCAAAGAAAAGAUUCCCAUAAGUCCAUUUGAAGCGGAUCUCCUUCAGAUGGCAGAAAUGAUUGCAGAAGAUGAGGAGAAAGACAAAACACACUCUCAUGGUGGCUCUCAAACAUCUGAGCAUGAGCUCUUCCUGGACCCCAAGAUGUUUGAGAAAGACCAAGGGAGCACUUACAGUGGAGAUCUAGAAUCAGAAGCAGUGUCCACUCCACACAGCUGGGAAGAAGAGUUAAAUCACUAUGCCUUACGAUCAAACGCCCUGCCAGAACCAGAUCCAGAACCCAAGCAGAUCUCCAAAGGUGAAGUGGAACAGGACUUGGAGGCAGAUUUUCCAUCAGACUCAUUUGACCCUCUCAGUAAGGGACUGGGUUUGCAUUCACGUUCACGAGCAAGACGGAGGCACAGAGAUGGCUUCCCCCAGCCAAAAAGACGGGGACGAAAGAAGUCUGUAGUUGCUGUAGAGCCCCGCAGUCUGAUGCAGGGCUCCUACCCAGGAUGCUCUGUUUCUGGGAUGACCCUAAAAUAUAUGUAUGGGGUAAAUGCCUGGAAGAACUGGGUCCAAUGGAAAAAUGCACAGGAGGAACAAGGGGACCUGAAGUUUUCAGUUCGUCCUGUGAAACUCAAGGAGGACAUUCUCUCGUGCACUUUUGCUGAGCUGAGUUUUGGCCUGUGCCAGUUCAUUCAAGAGGUGCGGAGACCGAAUGGAGAAAAAUAUGAUCCUGACAGCAUCUUAUACUUGUGCCUUGGAAUUCAGCAGUACCUGUUUGAGAAUGGUAGAAUAGAUAACAUUUUUACCGAGCCCUAUUCCAGGUUUAUGAUUGAACUUACAAAACUUUUGAAAAUCUGGGAACCUACAAUUCUUCCAAAUGGUUACAUGUUCUCAAGAAUAGAAGAGGAACACUUGUGGGAAUGUAAACAACUGGGUGCAUAUUCCCCCAUAGUUUUACUGAACACACUGCUAUUCUUCAACACCAAAUACUUUCAACUAAAGAAUGUCAGUGAGCACCUGAAGCUGUCCUUUGCCCACGUCAUGAGACGGACCCGGACUCUGAAGUAUAAUACUAAGACAACAUAUUUACGUUUUUUCCCACCCUUUCAAAAACAAGAGGUAGAAUCAGAUAAACUGUCUGUAGGCAAAAGGAAACGUGGAGAAGAUGAGGAGAUUUCAACAGCAGUGGAAAUGGCUGAAAAUGCAGAUAAUCCCCUGCGAUGUCCAGUGCGACUUUAUGAAUUUUACCUGUCAAAGUGUUCUGAAAGUGUGAAGCAGAGAAGUGAUGUGUUUUACCUUCAGCCUGAGCGCUCCUGUGUACCCAACAGCCCCAUGUGGUAUUCCACAUUGCCAAUAGACCCAGGAACUUUGGACAUCAUGUUAACUCGCAUUCUUAUGGUGAGGGAGGUACACGAAGAACUUGCCAAAGUCAAAUCAGAAGACUCUGAUAUUGAGUUAUCAGACUAAGUGAAGUGGGAUGUUUUCCUUUGAAUACAUCAGAAGCACCAAACUGUGAAUACGUCCAGCUUUUGGAAAAUGUGUAUUAAAUAAGCCAAGAUCAUGUCACCUACAGGCAUAUUUGGAACCACAGCGGAUGUACAAACUGGAACUGGAAGGAGACAAGCUCCAUAAGCUGCAAGAAACAACAUCCUGUGGCAGGCAGUGAUAAAUCCUCUGAACAAAUUCAAGUUGAACUAACCUGUUUGAGUGGUGCAUAAAUCCUUUAUCUGUGUAGGGUUUAAAAAAAAAGAUUUUUUUAAGGCAAAUGGUCGUGGAACAUCUACCAUAACGAUACCAGGCUGUGGCUCACGUGACCUCUCAGCCUGCUGGCUGGCAGUCCUUGCUGCCAGAAAAGAACACGUGGAGAUCUUGGAGGUCUUCACGGGAACAGGAGAGGAUUUGGUGGUGUUGAGACAACCAGACGACUUCCGUUACAAAAACCAACAUGCUUUUAUAAUAUUUUUUAAAACCGGGAUCAAACGCUGGGGAGGCAGAGGCUGCAGGCACAGCUGCAGGGAGCUGCUGAAGCAAUGGCUGCGUGGCUGCUGUUGGUCGGUGCCAGCCUUGCUCUCAGCCCAGGGCAGCAGCUCCCAGCCGUGCUGUGCAGAGUGCUGUAGGUCAAACCUGAGAGCAUCGCUUCUGGGUUCUGUAUGGGAGGGGACAGUCCUGGGCUAUGUGCAGAAAAUCCCUUUACCUGCCCCGUAGCUCUGUUGAUUCUAAUCUAGCAAAUACUGAGGUGCGUGGACAUAAUUUUUUUUUUCCCUUGAGGCAGCUUUCCUUUCUCCUCUUUCCCCACUCCUAUGGUUUUGGUUAUUUCAGAGGGCCGUGUUAUUUCAGACAAAGGGACGUGCACUCUUUCUCUUUCCACCCUUGCAGUGUGUGCAGUGUUGUCCAAAGGAUGCAGUAUUACUUCUGACGACAGAACUAUGGUAGAGAACACCCAUGUGUGUUUUUCCCACCCCACCCAAGGAGGUGCAGGCGUGAUGUUGGGAAGUCAGAAAGCCUU